AUGAAUGCCCUAAAAUAUUUUUCAAAUCACUUAAUAACUACCAAGAAACCAAAAAAAACAAUCAAUGUUGAGCUGACAAAGAGUCAAGAUCUAGUUAAUGCUUCAAAUGAAACUUCGAAAACAGGUGCCCGUCACACUGAAAAUGAUAUUAUUGGAGGAAACCACCAGCACAACCAUUCCACAGACAACCUUGAGGGAUCUAAGCAGAACGAGGAUAAUAAUCAGUCUGUUUACAUAAAGCCAAAAGCGCUACGUUCUAUUCUGAGAAGGAAAAUCGCGUCAAUUUUAUGGACAAUACUACUUUUUCUUCCGUAUUAUUUGAUAAUUAAGCCUUUGAUGUCGUUAUGGUUUGUUUUUACUUUCCCAUUAAGCGUCAUCGAGCGUCGUGUAAAACAUACUGAUAAGAGACAUAAGGAACCAGGUAAUAGUGGGAAUGUGUCGUCCACAAGUUCAGGUAAUGGCAAUGAUUCCAAUGAGAAGGCAGGCUCAAAAAAUGGCAAUCUAAAUACAAUUCCCGAAACAGUGGACGAUGACUUGAAUGCUAGUGAUGAAAUCAUUUUACAAAGAGAUAAUGUCAAAGGCUCAUUAUUGAAGGCACAAUCAGUCAAAUCAAGAUCAAGAAGUUACUCCAAAUCAGAUGUGUCACUCACCAAUCAUUCAAAUACUAAUACUGUGUUUGGUACAAAACGUAUGGGAAGGUUCUUAUUUCCGAAGAAGCUGAUACCCAAAUCAAUAUUGAAUACACAAAAAAAAAAAAAAUUAGUCAUUGAUCUUGAUGAGACUUUAAUUCAUUCGGCUUCCCGAAGUACGACGCACAGUAAUUCUUCUCAGGGUCACCUAGUGGAGGUAAAGUUUGGAAUAAGCGGAAUUCCUACGCUUUAUUUCAUUCACAAAAGACCCUACUGUGAUUUUUUUUUAACAAAAGUCAGCAGAUGGUACGACCUCAUUAUUUUUACAGCAUCCAUGAAAGAAUAUGCAGAUCCUGUGAUAGAUUGGCUAGAAAGCUCCUUCCCAGCUAAUUUCUCAAAGAGAUACUACCGUUCAGAUUGUGUUUUAAGAGAUGGUGUUGGUUAUAUUAAGGAUCUAAGCAUCAUCAAGAGUUCUGAAGAAAAUGGAAAAGGUAGUUCUCCAUCUUCUUUGGAUGAUGUUAUUAUUAUAGAUAACAGCCCAGUAAGUUACGCGAUGAAUGUAGAUAACGCAAUUCAGGUAGAAGGUUGGAUAAGUGAUCCGACGGAUACAGACUUAUUGAACUUGCUGCCUUUUUUGGAGGCUAUGAGAUAUUCAACUGACGUCAGGAAUAUACUUGCAUUAAAACAUGGAGAAAAGGCGUUCAAUAUAAACUAG